CGUCAAGCCCAAGGGAAAAAGGGAGGAGUGGCCCACUUUUUCUAUUAUACUGCCUUUAUCCUUAGAAAGGGCCAAUCGGUUCUCGGGACCUUUGGAGAGUCUCCCAAUAAUGAUGUGCAGGUAUGAUUCCUGAGGUACCCAUUUGUGCUCACAUGCUAACCGAUGAUGCAGCCUGACGGACGAUUCAGCAUUAAGAAUGGCGCAAAGACGCUCUACAAUGAUCUAACUGCAGAGGAGGCUGCGUUGUGGGAGUCUCGGUUGAUACCCCAGUCUUACCUGGUGCAAACGACGUGUGUUACUCGUGCCGCUUACGAGUAUAUCCCAUCGACUUAUCUGGUGUGUGAGAACGAUCAGGCCGCUCCACCACAGUAUCAGGAGAUGUUUGCCGCGUUGGCUAAGGCUGAGGUUGAUCGGUGCAGCGCUGGACAUUCACCUAUGCUUAGCCAGCCGGCUAUGUUGGUGGAGAAGAUUGCCGCCGUGGCUGACCGGGCCAGUGAACUUUGAUGUAGAUUUUGCAGGCGCACCCCGCUUAGGGAAAGCCUCAUCGGAAUAACCUGUCCUUGCGAUACAGGGAAGGAUCCGCGGCAGGUUCCUACAGCCAGUAGGAAGAUGACGGUGAA